UAAAAUCAAAGGAUUGUUUUUAAAUAUGUAUAGUGAAGUAUAAAAUAUUCUUUAAAAAAAUAAUGAAUACUGUAUAUUUUUUAAAAUAUGUUUACAAUAAAAAUAUUAAAUUUGUGGUUGGUCAUAAAGUCUCUAGGUAUAAAUCUGAUAUCAUCUACAGCAAAAAAUUUAUUGUAUAUAAUGAUUUAAUGCACUUUCGUCGGAAACAAUCCAAACGAAGUAUCUUAGUUCAGGUGUGUUCAGAAAACUCGUGUUCAGAUUUAUAUUCUUAUUGUUCAGAGUUUGGUUCAGUUAAAGAAAUGUUCCAUUAUCAAUUAAGUGGUACUAAUCAUUUUGUACUUACUGAAUUUAAAGACCAAAAUUCUGUUGAUUUAUUACUCAAUCAAAGUGCUCAUAUUGAAGAUACAAAUGUGAUUGCUGUUAAGUCUCCUUUUCUAUGGUUUCGUUCUAAUACAAAUAAAAAACCUAAUAUAAUAAUGAAUAAAGGGAUUGGCUGUUCUUUCCAAACUUAUGAAACUAUGAUUGAACCAACUAUAAAGUCAAUCAAGCUAGAUACAGAUAAAUCUUUGUCUAACCAAAUGAUACAAUUGCUUCAUAAUAUUCAGUUAAAUGAUAUUGGUACUAGAUUAAGAUUUUUAACAGCAAUGCAAAUUGAAAAUGCACUUAAAGGAAUAUUUCCUCUGACAAAAGUUCUACCUUUUGGGUCAUCAGUCAAUAGUUUUGGAAAGAUUGGUUCAGAUAUUGAUUUAGUCAUAAUGAACAGUAAAUUAAAAGAGAAAAAAAAUAGUCGUUUGAUAUUUCAUGGUAAAUAUAUGUCCAAUAACAGUAGAACACAAACACAGAGACAUAUUGAACUAUUAGGAGAUUUAUUACAAUUGUUUUUACCAGGAUGCUCUAAAGUUAAACGUAUUUCUCAAGCUAAAGUACCAAUUGUAAAAUUUUCACAAGAUUUUAUUGGUGUAGAAUGUGAUUUAUCUGUUUCCAAUGAGACUGCAUUAUAUAUGUCAGAAUUACUUUACAUUUUGGGAAAUUUUGAUCCUAGAGUAAGGCCUUUAGUUUUUACAAUUAAAAUUUGGGCUCAGGAAGUAAAUAUUACAAAUGAUAUUCCAGGUAGAUGGAUAACAAAUUUUUCUUUAACAUUAUUAGUAUUGUUUUAUCUGCAACAAGAAAAAAUUAUUCCUUCAAUUCAGCAUUUAGCUAAAUUAGCAGGUAGCAAUGAUGUGCAAAUUACAGAUGAUGGCGUAAAUUGUACUUUCCUUAGAGAUAUAACAAAACUCAGUCAUGAACCUUCAAAUAAAAAAACAUUGGAACAACUUUUACAAGGAUUUUUUGAAUAUUAUGCGUCUUAUGACUUCAAUACAAAUGCUAUGUCUCUAAACUAUGGCACUACAAUACCUAAACCCGAAUAUAAUGCUAUGUAUAUUGUUAACCCCCUUGAAGUUAAUUUUAAUGUUAGUAAAAAUGUUAGUUUAGAAGAAACGGAAAGGUUUAGAAUUGAGCUAAGGAAUGCUGCAUGGACAAUUGAUUCUCAUAUUAUUAAUCAAAAAACAUUUAAAUUAUUUGAUCUUUUCAGAACUUGUGAAACAUAUAAACAACUUAACAAACAAGCAAGUUUUAAUUUUCAGAAUACUUUAAAUAGGUUAGUAACUGUGAAAGAUUUGUUUGUUAAUGAUACACCUAAUGAGCAUAAAGAGAUAGAGCAUCAGUUAAAUAAUUCAAGUAAAGAAAAUAUUUAAAAAUAAUGUAUAUUAUAUUAACAUAAUAUGUAAUAAAUUUGUUUUUAUUAAAAACUUGUAAAGGA